AUGGCGGAACCAGCGGAGCUGCAGCGGGAGUCGGUGGUGCAGUUCCUAGCGGCACGGGGCGGGCGGGCCCGCAACACGGAGCUGCUGGAGCAUUUCCGGGACUGGCACAGCCCCUCAGACCCUGACCGCCGCACAGCCGCCCGCCAGCGCUUCAAGGAGCUGGUCAACGCUGUGGCCACCGUGCGCCAGGAGCCGGACACCGGCGUCAAGUACGUGCACCUUCGUCGCCGGUACUGCGCUCUGGAGUCCCCCGCCGCCGCCCUGACCUCCAGAGAGGAGAAGGCGGCGGCAGCGGUGGUGGGGGACAGCGCGCAGCGGCCGAGCCCGUUGCCCUCCCCGCAGGCGGGCGUUGAGGAGGGGCCGCCACCGGCGAUUGGGGAUGCCGGCAGCUGCCCUCAGCCCACGGCGCGGCGGGGCGAGCCGCUCCGUCCGAACCCGGCGGCGGCCACAGGCCAGCGGAAGGGCUCCCGGCGGGGGCCGCUUCCCGGGCGCAGUGGAGGCGGUGGUGAAGAGGCUGCGGUAGCGGCGGGCCCCGGGAGGCCUCCUCCUCCUCCACCACCAGCGGAGGAGACAGGAGCGGCCGACGGCGCCCCCGGGGCGGCAGCGCAUGGGGGCGGCCGCAGGAGCCUACGGGAGGCGACUCGAGGCGGCUCGCCCCAACUGAAGCGUGGUGCCCUCCCCGGGGGUGGCCGAGGCCGCGGUGGUGAUUCAGACAGCGCCUCGGUCUUGUCUUCCGCCGACGAGGAGGGGAGCACCACCGGUGCCGUGGCCCUGGAUCCUCUGGAACAUGCAUGGAUGCUGUCCGCCUCGGACGGGCGGUGGGAGAGCCUGGAGGGGCUCCUGAGCUGCGAACCGGCGCUGUUCUGCAAGCGGGACUUCAUCACUGGUUUCACGGUGCUGCACUGGGCCGCCAAACACGGGCGGCAGGAGCUACUGGCCAGGCUGGUCAACUUUGCCCAGCGGCACCAACUGCCCGUGGACAUCAACGCCCGCACUAGCGGCGGGCACACCGCGCUGCACAUAGCCGCCAUGCACGGCCACGCCGAAGUGGUGAAGCUGCUUGUAGGAGCCUACGACGCCGACGUGGACAUCCGUGACUACAGCGGGCGCAAGGCUGCGCAGUACCUGCACCAGGGAACCUCGGGGGAUAUGCGGAGCCUCGUGGGGGCCCUGGAGGAGGAGGAGGAGGAAGAGGAAGGGGCUGCCAGCAAUGGGGGUGGACGCUGGAGGCUUUCCAAGGUAUUGCCCUCCAAUCUCAUGAGCUACCGGCUGUCCCACCACCACCACCAUCACAGCACUGGGGAGGAAGCCGAGGGCACUGAAGGGACAGCGGUACCAGGCAAGGGCAAGGAGGUGACCAGGAAGGCCUCUGGCAGUGGGCGGAUGAAGCCUCGGCUUAAUAAGAUCCGCUUCAGGACUCAGAUCAUCCACAACACACCCUCCUUUCGUGGUGACACCGAGGAGGAAGAGCAUGAGGAGAAAUCCUUGAAAGCAUCAUUCAAGCUCAGGCCGAAGUCCAAUGUCUUUGGAUAA